AACCAAAGCAGAGAGGUGAAAGAAAUCGAUCUUCUUCGUCUUCGAUAUUUUAGGGUAAUAAAUCGAUUGUGGAGUUUCUUCUUCUUUUGGAUUUGCUCUAAUCAUCUACCUCCGCAUAGUUUGAGUAGCAAAGCAAUCCCCCUCGAAUCAAGGAAGAUGCCGCAAGUUAAGAUAAUCGCGAAAAACUUUAUGGACAUGGUGGCGUCUCUUACGGCCAUCAAGCUCGACAAACUCUAUAACAAUGUCUUCAUCUGCGAGGCCAUUCUCAGGUCUUUGCCACCACUCGCCAAGAAAUACGUAUUGCAGUUGCUUUUCAUUGAUGAUCCUGUACCUUGCACGAGGAUUGAGGAGUGGGUGCUUCCUGAUGGCCUCUCUAAGCACAGAGUUGCUAUAGACCGGUUGAUUCAACUCAGGAUUUUCACUGAAACCGUAGUAGAUAGGAAAGAGGGAACCUGUUACAGCCUAAAUCCUACAUUUCAGAAAAAUCUUCAGAAACAUAUUAUCUCCGGUGGAGUUUUGCCUCGGGAGCCUAUGAACUCCAACAAUGGCAUUAAGCUUCCAAGUCUACAAGAACUCGAAACCUAUGCACUCCUGCAAUGGGAGUGUUUUCUGCUACAACUCAUAAAUUCGGGUCAAGGUGAAAAGCUAACCGGUAUCAGUUCGUCCAUGAUGAAAGUCUUCCAGCGAGGUUUAUUGAGUCAGAGAGACAGAGAUGGCCCGAGAUUAACUGAGAGUGGCUUUCAGUUUUUGCUGAUGGAUACAAAUGCCCAGCUUUGGUACAUUAUCCGAGAAUACAUAUCGAAUGCCGAGGAGCGUGAUGUAGAUCCCGCAGACUUGAUUUCGUUUUUGUUAGAGCUCAGUUUCCACGUUACCGGUGAGGCGUAUAACUUAAAUACAUUGACAGAUGUUCAAAUAACUACGCUUAAGGACCUUGCAGACUUGGGAUUAGUCAAGCUUCAACAGGGAAGGAAAGACAGUUGGUUUAUUCCUACUAAGUUGGCUACAAAUUUAUCAGUCAGUCUUGCAGAUUCAUCAGUCCGAAAAGAGGGAUAUGUCAUGAUGGAAACAAACUUUAGGAUGUAUGCUUACUCAACAUCUAAGCUACAAUGUGAGAUAUUACGUCUGUUUGCGAGGAUAGAGUAUCAACUUCCGAACCUUAUUGCUUGUGCAGUUACAAAAGAAAGUUUGUACAAUGCCUUUGACAAUGGCAUCACAUCAGACCAGAUUAUAACUUUUCUCCAGCAAAAUUCUCAUCCACGAUGUGCCGAUCGAGUCCCAUCUAUUCCAGAAAAUGUCACUGACCAGAUCCGGCUUUGGGAGUCAGAUCUGAAGAGAAUCGAGAUGACUCAGGCUCACUUCUAUGAUGAAUUUCCUUCAAAGGAUGUGUUUGAAGGAGCUUGCAACUUUGCUAGACAGUGGGGAGGCCUUCUUUGGGAAGACUCUAAGAGAAUGCGACUUGUUGUGAAAUCCGAAGUUCACAAUCAGAUGCGUGAGUAUCUUCACACCCAAGGCAAGUGAGAAGAAAGAAGAAACUCGACCAUUUUCUUUUCUUAUGUUAAAACAAAAAAAAAGUGAAAUGUUUUGAUACUUCAAGAUAUGUUUUGACAUGAUGGUGUAUAAACUAUAUCGACAAAAGAAACUUUGGAGUGAGAAGGAAGAAAAGUGACAAACCGUAUUCUCAA